CACAAGUUCAGUCAAUACACGCGGUUUUCAGUCUGUACAGUGUAGUCGCAAAUGGGUGUAAUUAAAGAUUAUUUUAAAUAUCAACUACAAUGGCAAAUGUUUAUGUUGGAGCACGAAGAUGUUUCCGAAUUCUACUUGAGCCCUUUCCAGAGGAACCGUUCAGCUGUGCCCUUACUCUUUGUAAGGACGAUCAUAUGCCUGGGUAGUAUCGGAAUAUUGAUAUCGUCUGUGAUUUAUGACAUCAUGCCUUUUGGCUAUUGGCCUACAUUUUUAACUCAUUGGGGAUUAGUUUUGAAUACAAUUGCAGCUGCUUUCGGAGUUAUUGUGUCCGCUAGAGCAUAUCUACGUGGACCCAUCGAUGCAACAUUUGGACUUCCUCGAUACGUUAAAAUGUAUUGGGCUAUGACUAACAUAGCAACUGUUGUGGCGUUUUUUAUUACCGUGUUUUAUUGGUCAUUUCUAACCGAUGAAGUCGAUGAAAAUACUGGCAUGAACAAGACGGUAGACGUGUUCAUGCACGCGGUGAAUACGGUGUUGAUGUUGGUACUUCUGCUGUCGUCGCGGCAGCCAAUGCAUCUGCUGCAUGUGUACCAGCCCGUCUCCGUGCCCGUCAUCUUCCUCAUCUUCAGCGUAAUCUACUACUUCGCGGGUGGAACUAACGCAAUUACGGGAGGCUCAUACAUAUACCCACCGCUGGACUGGUCGCAGCCUGGCAUUGCGAUGAUAACAGUGGCACUCUCUUUGGUCCUUUUAAUCGUGUUGCAUGCGGUAUGCGUGCUGCUGACACUCGGAAGAGAUGUCCUCGGUCGUCGGUUACUAAGAGAUAACAAUUAUCCUGUAACCGUUGGCAACUACGGUAACUUUAAAUCCCCGUAAGAUCUGUAAUGGAACUGCCAUGGAGUAAGAAAAGUACGAAUGAAAGAUCUAUCAAUACAAUUUAAAUGAUGCCUUUAUGGACCGUCUAUGACGCCGGUUAUAAUACGUCUUCUCGAUGAAGAUUUGUACCGCGCGAAAAGUAAAUGUUUUUAUUUGUUGAAGUUUCUUUUUAAGCGUCCAGUUGGGUUAGAUUAAUAAACUAUGUUUUUUAUAUUUUUAUAAAAUGUCCUUAUGUUAAGUAAAUUGUUAUUUAAA